CAACCCACGAGCGGAGCGACAGAGAUAGAUAGAGAGAGACAGAGACAGAGAAACAAACAGGCCGUCCGAUGCCGAUGCGUUUCUUCUUYUUUUCGUCGUCGUCGUCGUCUUUUUCGAUUGCGGUCGCAACCAUCGGUYUCCUCCUGGCGUUUUCGGGGCUUCCAGCGAUCCGGCCCUUUGUGCUGUCGACAGGAACGAGGGCCGCAAGGAAUCGCUGGAGCCUUCCCUCCCGCGCCAUCGRAAGCAUGGCAAGAACGGCGUCCGCACGCGGGGCGACCCGUCAAUCUUCCACCGAACCACUGCAAAACGAAAGCAACGGCGAAGACACCAGCAGSGGCUUUCCCCUCUCCAACAAGGUCCURGGGACGCUCGAUCCGUGCGUCGUCAAGACCAAGCAGUGGAUGGAGGACCACGCCCACCGGUGGGAGGACAAGGAGGGAAUCUUUAGCCUGGCCCAGGGCGUYGUCUACUGGAGYCCCCCRCCGGCGUGCCGAAAGGCCCUCGUGGACGCCGUGAUGCCAAUGGCAAUGGCCAGCGGCGGAGAAAGCAACGCAGAMRGCAACGCAGACGACCCGCUGGCCCUGCACUCGUACUCUCCCGCGGGGGGCCUCCCGGAGCUGGUGGAAGCCCUGAAGGCCAAGAUCGGGGCCGAGCACGGGAUGACCGACCACGACGUGACGGUGACGGUCGGGGCCAACCAGGCCUACACGAACAUCGUCCUGACGCUCCUCGGGGACAACGGAGGCAGGGCCGUGGUCUUUUGCCCCUACUACUUCAACCACGUCAUGGCCAUCCAGAUGUGCGCCGGCCCGGAGGCGGUCGUCACCGGGCCGACCGACAUGUCCACCGGCCGCCCCGACCUGGAGUGGCUGGGGGAGGCCCUCCGGAGCGAMRGGGGCAUCCGCCUCGUCACCCUGGUCAACCCGGGCAAUCCCACCGGGGUGGCGCUGCCGGAAGAGGACCUGCGGGAGAUCGUSGACCUCUGCCGGGACCACGGGGUCUGGCUGGUCCUGGACUGCACCUACGAGCACUUUUUCUACGCUCCCGAUGGCRGCCGCAAGGCCAGCAGAAGCAKCCACCCAAAAUACGAGACCAAUCCCUUGCCGACCUUCCCCAACGAUCCMCACGUGAUCCACGUCUUUUCYUUUUCCAAGGGCUACGCGCUGGCGGGGUACCGGUGCGGGUACGUCGUCACCCACAGGGGGGACGCCUCGGAGGGGAGCGGCUUUCUGGAGCAGAUGCUCAAGGUCCAGGACACCAUCCCGAUCGGUCCCCCCCGGCUCUCCCAGCACGUCGCGCUGGGGGCCCUGCGCCAGGGGGCCGAWCAAGAUUCUGGCGAAAAUGCCGGCCAAUCCCUCUACUCGCCCGGAUCGAAGGAGUGGGUCUACGAAAAGUACGACACGCUGGAKCCCAGCCGGCAGUGCAUCCUGGAGGCCCUCUCGUCGCUCCCGCAGACGAUCGGGGGCUCGGGAAGCAUGUACGUCAUGGGCAGGCUCCCGGACCACCUGUCCCGGUCCUCGCUGCCCGGCGGAGACGACGACGACGACGAUCUCCACGACGACGGCGCCGAACCGAUCGACGUCCUCGUCUGCAAACGGCUKGUGAGGGACUACGGGAUCGCGGUCAUCCCCGGGAGUUUCUGCGGGACCCCCGGMUGGAUCCGGGUCUGCUACGCCAACCUGCCGCCGGACCGGACCAGGCUCGCCGCCGAGCGGCUGCGGAACGGGAUCGAGGAGCUCACGGGGGGGACGGCGGCGGCGUCGCGAUAGCACGACCGAAGACCACCGUUGCUUGGGCGCAUCGGUCCGCAACGAUUGUGGAUUACGGUGCACUUUGGUGUGGUUCGAUCGACCCGUGUGUGUGUGACGGCAAGAGGACAAUCCAUCCGGARAGAUAUUAAUAUUACCAUUAAUGUUAAAAUAAAUAACUAAACACAGC